CGCGAUGGCGGCGGCGGCGGGGCCGUGGCCGGAGCUGGAGGCGGCGGCGCGGGAGCGGCGGCGGGAGCUGUCGCUGUCGGGCGCGGCGGUGGCCGAGCGGGUGGCGGCGGGCGGCGGGCGGCUGCCGGAGGCGCUGCUGGCGCUGCCGCUGCUGCAGUCGCUGGAGCUGAGCGGCUGCGCGGCGCUGCGGGAGCUCGGCCCGGGCGUGGCGGCCGCGCUGCCCGCGCUGCACACGCUGGUGCUGAGCCGCAACGCGCUGGGCCCGGCCGGGCUGGGCGAGGGGCUGGGCGGGCCCCUGCCCGCGCUCCGCCUGCUCGACCUGUCCGGGAACGGGCUGGAGGCGCUGCCCGCCGCGCUCGGAGGGACGGGCGGCGGCGCGGGGGACGCGGCCCCGGCCUUCCCGCAGCUGCGCAGCCUCAACCUGAGCGCGAACCGGCUGCGGGAGCUGGGCCCGGGGCUCGCCCGCGCGGCCCCGCAGCUGCAGGAGCUGCUGCUGUCCGGGAACCGGCUGCGAGCGCUGCCCGGAGGGCUCCUGGCCCCCGACGGGCCGCCCGCGCCCUUCCCGCUGCUCAGCCGCCUGGACGCGGCCGACAACGAGGUGGCCGAGCUGGGUGCGGACAUCGCGGCGCUGCCGGCGCUCAAGAGCCUGGAUGUGGCCAACAACCAGCUGCGGGAGCUGCCCGCCGCGCUGGCCGACUGCCCCCGCCUGAAGGAGGCCAACUUCAAGGGCAACCAGCUGAGGGACAAGCGGCUGGAGAAGAUGGUCAAUGGGUGCCAGACCAAGGCCAUUCUGGAGUACCUACGGGCCGGGGGACGUGGGAAGGGGAAGGCUGAGACUGGCAGAGAGGACGUCAGGAAGAAGAAGAGGGAGAAGCAGCAGAAGAAGGAUGGUGGGGAUGGGGAGCAGGAUGAGGUGGAAGAGGCGAGCAAGCUGCUGGUGAAGGUUCUGCACGUCUCUGAGAACCCAGCGCCUUUGGUGGUCAAAGUGAGCCCGAGCGUCAAGGAUGUGCGAGCCUUCAUCGUGUGCUGUGUGCUGAAAGGAGUGAACUUAAAGCCGGGCAAUGCUCUCAAGAGGUUCCUGACCAUGCAGACCAAGCUGCACGAGGACAUCUGUGAGAAGCGCACAGUGGCCACCAUUGCCACCCAUGACUUGCAGCUGGUCAAAGCUCCUCUGACAUAUGAUGUUCAGCCUCCUGAUGAGCUCAAGAUCAUGCCCCUGGGUCGGAAGGAGAUCAAGGCCAAGGAUCUUCUCCGGCAGCUGCAGCUGGAGGCUGAGGAGCAGCGGAAGCAGAAGAAGCGUCAGAACGUCUCUGGGCUGCACAAGUACCUGCAGCUGCUGGAUGGCAAAGACAACUACCCGUGCCUGGUGGAUGCUGAAGGUGCUGUGAUUUCCUUCCCACCAAUAACCAAUAGUGAGAAAACAAAGAUUAGAAAAGAGACCCGGGACCUGUUUCUGGAAGUGACGAGUGAUACCAGUUUACAGAUCUGCAAAGAUGUCAUGGACACCCUUAUCCUGAAAAUUGCAGAGCUGAACAGAUCUGCCUUGGAGAACAAGGAAGGCUCUGGCUCAGAUAUGGAAUCAGAUGCUCUCUGUGGAGCAGGGAAUUUGAACCUGCCCUUGGUGGUGGAGCAGGUGCGAGUGGUGGACACGGAUGGGAACUUGAAAGUACUUUAUCCUUCCAAAACUGACCUGGCCACAGUGGCCUCUCUGCUGACUGUGAUCCGUUAGCAGCUGCCUGAGCUGAGAGAGGAUUCCAUUGCCUUUAUUUGGGUUUUUUUACGUAUAUUCAACAACACAACUGGUGCACAGUGAGAUGGUUUGGGUUUUUAAAGAAAAGAUGUGGAGCAUCCUGCUGGGAAAGCAAUGGCUUCAGAGUUUGGUGAGCUACAGCAAGGAGAAUUGGGAUUUUCAUCCUUAACAGAGAUCACCUGUGCAAAAGAGCAGCAUCUUCAAACAUGGACUGAAGGCAGAGAAGCUGGUGGAUGUCAGAAUGCAGUAGAGAAGAUCAUUACAACGUUUAAAACAAGCACAGUCACAUUUUUCUGCAAGAUCACUUUUUCCUCCUGGUGUUUCAUCUGGAUCAUUUUUAUGGCAGCAGAGAAAUGCAGUAAUUGGCAGUGUGGAACUGAGGUCCUCUGCUGGGUACAACUUGGAGCCAGAAUGCCAGAGCACUUUGCUGACAUCUUGUUCUGCAGAAUUUUAUCUGGAAUAGCUGUGAACAUUUAGUUGGUGUCAGAAGCGUUUAAUUGCUGUCAGAACUUGAGGGAUGCAUUUUAAUGUGACGGUUUUUGUGUUCAGGCAUGAGCACAGCUUCCAUUUUUAAGGGAUUUGUUGAGGGUUUGUGUGUCUCAGUGCACUUCAGGGCCAUCCUCCGUCCCUGUGGGAAUUGUGGUGACCUUGUGUGUGCCCAGAGAGUUACUGUGGGUGAGCACUUCCAAAAUACAGGAAGUUGGAGCAGUUCUUGUCUGGCAGUCUCUAUAUGUGUGGGUGAGCACUGGUGUGCACUCACACCUCUCCCUAAGGCAAGGUGGCCCCCAGACUGACUCUUUUCUGGUAAAAAAUGACAUCUCAGAGCUCCAACUGAACUGCUGCUAUGUCAAAUGCAUCCCCAUGUUAGGACUUGCACAUGGAAUGGAAAAAUAAAACAGCUUUUGCAGCCCUG